AUGUUUUUGGAGGAAAUGGAAAACGGCCAGGGCGAUGAAAGGCAUGAGCUAAAACUCUUAGAAAUUCCAUCGAAAGAGAGACAGUUCGAAAACACCAUGGUAACGCUAUCGCAAGAGUUGGUCUCCGUCGGAGUGAUGGUGAUCGUUUGUGCUUCGCUGUCCGUUCUAUGUGUAGCCGUAUGGUUGGUCCGAUGUAGACGAGACCAAGGGCGAGAAAAAGAAGAACGAGAUCGACAAAGAGAUCUCGACAAUUAUAAUGAUAAACAAGUCAACAAAUCGUUUUCAAAGCGAGCCGUUGCCGAUAAAGUGAUCGAACCGCCCAAAAGGGCCGAAAGUGUACACAGUAAUAGGUCUAUCAGAUCUAGAGACGGUAGUGUAAAGGAGCCCAUAUCGCUGUCUAAUUCGACAACGACUACUGAUGAGACUAUAGGGCAGUGUGACUCGAGAGCGGCGCAGGCAUAUGUGUCAAGGCCUCUCGAACGAAUAAAGGAAGAGUCAACUCCAAUUAGAAAUAAACGUCUGGAAACGGUUUCCAUCACUGCUUCCUUCGAAACUCUACAAAGAAAUGACUCUAAGGUGAACGUGUUUCCCGCUGAUAAAUUGGAAGAAAUUGACCUUAAUCCCGGUCUCAAUACUAGCGUUAUAAAUUUAGAUACGAUAUGAUUUCUACCUCUACAGCCAUGUCACAAUCCACGCUAUGUCUCAACAUCUUGCUCGAAUCUUCUGUUAUUUACAUUUUUAUUUCAAUGCAAAUGACUGUCGUAAUUUUGAAAUUCGAACUUUACGGAUUUCGCCUUGUUAUGUUUAUCCCUGUGAUCUCAUUGUGUUUCAUUGUACUAUAUUCUUCUUCUAUUUGGAGUUUUCGAGAUUUAUAAACGAUUUCCAAUUAA